AUGAAAUUCUCCUUAGUCGUUCUUUCAAGUAUUUUGACUCAGCUGGCUAUCGCUGCGCCUGUUUAUGUCACUGAUUAUGUCACUCAUAUUGUUACAGUCACUGUUCAACCUGGUCAAACACAGGUUUUAGGUUCUGCUGCUUCUGUUGCCACCUCUGCUGCCUCUGCUGCCUCUGCUGCCUCUGUUGCAGCCUCUGUUGCAGCCCCUGCUGCCUCUACUGCCUCUGGAAAUGCCGAGACUACAGCUUAUUCUGCUACUUCGGUUGCCACUUCAGCCGCCUCUUCAGCAACCUCAUCAGCCUCGUCAUCAGAUUCUUCCUUCGCUUCUGAAAUAUUGGCUGAACAUAAUGCUAAAAGAGCCCUACAUGGUGUUUCGGAUCUUACGUGGGAUGAUACUUUAGCUUCCUAUGCUCAAGAUUACGCCGAUAAUUAUGAUUGUUCCGGUACCUUAACUCACUCCGGAGGUUCUUAUGGUGAAAAUCUAGCCUUGGGCUAUUCUACAACAGGCUCGGUUGAUGCCUGGUAUAGUGAAGGUGAUGACUUUGACUACACUUCGUGUAAUGUCUAUGAUCACUUCACUCAGGUUAUCUGGAAAUCUUCUACUAAGCUCGGAUGUGGCCAAAAGAAGUGUAAUGAUUACUGGGGUACCUAUAUAAUUUGUUCGUAUGAUCCUGCAGGAAACAUGGUUGGUGACUGUCCUUCCAACGUUCUUCCUUUGGUCUGA